UGUUUAUCAACCAGCCAUACAGAUAAAACGAGCAAGAGCAAAAACUAUGGGGGAAUAUAGAAAGUACAACACGCGGGAAGCAGGGAAGAAGUUCUCAUAUUCUCGUUGCUUUCUUCUUCACUAUCAUUCUCUCUGAACAACCCAAAAUAUCAACUUUCAAAAACCCAAAUCGUUUAUAGUUUGUUUUUUCUUCUCAAAGACACAGAGAGAGAUAGAGCUAAGAUAGAAAUAGUUGAAAGAGAGUUAAAGAUAAAAACGAUGUACAAGUCAAAGUUGCAAGAGCUUUGCCAACGGAAGAAAUGGGCUUUACCAAGCUACACCUCCAUAAAAGAUGGUCCAGACCAUAUUCCACAGUUCCAAGCUUCUGUUAUAGUUAAUGGUUUAAGUUUUGAUUCCCCUGUUUCCUGCAAGUCUUACAAAGAUGCUCACAACCAUGCUGCAAUGCUUGCUUUCCUCCACUUCACUUCUCCUUCUGGUUCCUUUGCAGAGAAGAAAAAUUUUGAAGUUAAGAAUACUCAGCCUACAGAAUCAAAACGACCAGUUGAAUUUAGCCGAAGAAGCCAGGGUGGUUCACAGCCUUCUAGUCUAAGAAGGACACUAGGGAGUGAUUCUCAGAAUUUGCUGGAGUAUUUCAAGAAAAUGCAGGCUGACAACCCCGGCUUCUUCUACGCAGUUCAACUUGAUGAAGGUAAUCAAAUGAGUAAUGUAUUUUGGGCUGAUUCGAGAUCAAGAACCGCUUACAGUCAUUUUGGUGAUGUGGUUACUCUGGAUACAACAUGCAGAGUGAAUCAGUAUAAGGUCCCCUUUGCUCCAUUUACAGGGGUGAACCAUCAUGGUCAGACAAUUUUGUUCGGCUGUGCAUUGCUUCUGGAUGAGUCAGAAGCUUCUUUUAUAUGGCUGUUCAAGACAUUCCUUACGGCGAUGAAUGAUCAAACUCCUGUCUCUAUUGUCACUGAUCAAGACAGGGUCAUACAGACUGCUGUUGCUCAAGUAUUUCCUGAAGCUCGCCACUGCAUUAGCAAGUGGCAUGCUUUAAGAGAAGGCCGAGAGAAGUUGGCUCAUAUUUGUCUUGCGUAUCCCAAUUUUCAGGUCGAACUUUUUAACUGUAUCAAUCUGACUGAAACUAUUGAGGAGUUUGAAUCAUCAUGGAAUUCUAUUCUUGAUAAAUAUGAUCUGAGGAGAAAUGGUUGGCUUCAAUCAUUAUAUAAUGCUCGAGCUGAAUGGGUUCCCGUCUAUUUCCGAGAUUCCUUUUUGGCUGCAAUAUCCCCUAAUAUAUGUUCUGAUAGUCCCUUUUUUGAUGGCUAUGUGAAUCAACAGACCACUUUACCAAUGUUCUUUAGGCAGUAUGAAAGAGCUUUAGAAAACUUGUCUAAAAAGGAAAUAGAAGCAGAUUUUGAUACAAUUUGCACCAUGCCUGCAUUGCGGACAUCAUCUCCUAUAGAGAAACAGGCUGCAAAUCUUUAUACAAGAAAUUUUUUUACCAAAUUUCAGGAAGAGUUAGUUGAAUCUUUUGAAUACACUGCAAAUAGGACUCAAGGUGAUGGAGCUGUUAGCACUUUCAAGGUUGCUAAAUUUAAGGAUGACAAGAAGGCAUUUAUUGUCACAUUAAACAAUCCUAAGAUGAGAGCUAACUGUAGUUGUAAAAUGUUUGAGUAUUCAGGCAUCCUUUGCAGACAUGUUUUGAAUGUUUUGACUGUGAUAAAUGUAGUUGCAUUGCCAUCCCAUUACAUUUUGAAACGAUGGACAAGAAAUGCAAAGAGUGGACCUGGUGCAGAAGAACGUAGUGGGGAUCUACAUGGUCAAGAAUCUUUGACAUUACGGUACAACAAUCUUUGUUGGGAAGCCACUAGGUAUGCAGAGGAAGGGGCAACUGCUGUUGAGACUUAUCAUGCUGCUCUGAGUGCUCUUAAAGAUGGUGAGAAGAAGAUUGCUCUUGUGAAGAAAAAUAUUGCUAAAGCUGCACCUCCUAGUUCCCAGGUUCGGGGAACUAGCUAUGAAAAUAGGAAGAUCUCUGCAUCAGCUUCAGAUGCAAUGCCAUUACGUCAAGAUGAAGUGUUUAGGAGAUCUAAUUUUAAUGAUGCUGGUGCUCCUGCACAAAGCGUUCCUGACUUGAAUUCGCCACGCAUGGCCACUGUGUCUCUUCACAGAGAUGAUGGUCCUCCUGAGAAUAUGGUUGUACUUCCUGUUCUAAAGUCAAUGUCAUGGGUGAUGAAGAAUAAGAAUUCAACAUCAUGGAAUAAAGUAGCUUUCAUCAACCUAAAGUUGCAAGAUUUUAGCAGGACUCCAUCAGCUGAAUCGGAGUUCAAGUUUCAUCUCUCAAAGGUCUUAUUGAAACAGAUGUUCAGGUCUAUGAUCGAACAGCUUUCAACACCAGCUAAUAAAGUUGCUGUCAUAAAUUUAAAGCUUCAAGAGACAACUCCAGAGGCGUCAGAGGUUGAAUUUCAGGUGUCAAGGGAAACGUUAGGCACGAUGCUAACAUCAAUGGCCAAUUCUCGUCAGCAUCUCUCAAAUGCCGUAAGCAAUUCUCUAAACAAGUAUCUUUUUUGGUAUAUUUUUAAGUUCUAGUUCAUGCACACCCCAUAGGUCUUCAAUUUGAGACAUUUCAAUGCAGUAAUGCAGUCCGUGGUUUAAAUUUGUUCUUUUUUUUCUUUUUUCUUUUUUUUAAAUCAUGGAAAAAUUUUCAAUGUGGCACUGCGAAAACCAGCCAAAGCCUUUACUGAAAAAGCAGCGGAAGUGAGAGACCAUGGCAACUGUUCUUACCUUCCAUAUUGUAUAGAUAUUUAAGAGACACAGAGAUUUUUAGAUACAAAGCAUGAUUGUGAUUUCAUUAACCAGUAUAUUCAUAGGUAUAUUUACACUUUGACAGAUUGUAAAAAGAAGGUACUGUAACAACUAACAACAUCUAUGUCUAAGGAGAUUUGCAGCCAUAGGUAAUUUAUACAUGGAGAGUAUGUCAGUGAUUGAUAUCCAUGUAUUUCUUGAUUUUGUGAGUGUCAAUCUUUCCUUAUAAUAUGCUCGCACGACAUGGUGUAUCCAUUAGAGACACCAGUCUUGGGACCUAAGGAAGACAAAGCACUGCUUCGCCAGAGGUUUGGUAAGGACGUCCGCAAGCUGAUGGUGAGUGGAGACAUGAGACAUUAGAGACUGUUAAAGCACACUAGUUGCAACCUUGUUACACACAAUGUUAUUGUCAAUAGAAAUGGAAUUAUGCUAUUUGUCAUCAUCAAUAAUAACAAACAGUAUUUUUCAUUAAAAAAAAAAAAAAAGUGAUCCAUUUUGCAAUGCAACACCGGAUUAGCAUAAAGGUGAGUGUCACUGAGAUUGUCACAUAGAUGGUGUGGAUGCUGAGAUGGACAAAUACAGUGCUCAGACUGCAAGUCAGUGAGUAAAGUGAGUUCGGCAGUGUCAAAUGCGACAGCAUGUUACUUGGCUUGUUUCUAGAGCAACAAUAUAAU